UUCGUUUACUCAGACACACACACACACACAGGUCCACUGCAUUCAGCUCAACUUUUUUUUUUCCACCAAACUUUCCUUCCCUCACAUGGAGCUGACGGAUUCUGUCAAAUAAGGGAUGGAGGGGCACAAGGCCGACUCUUUUCUUGACCUGAGCCACCUGACAGAACAGGAGAAAUCUGUUAUCCUCCAGGUCUUAGAGCGUGACACGGCGUUGCGUCGAUGUGAUGAAGGACGUGUAAGCAUUCUCCAGCAAACAGAGGCAGACCCGGUACGUCUGCGCAGCCUGUCGGGGAAAUGGUUCAGUGAGGAGCGCAGCAAGCGCCACUACAGCCACAAGUCGGGUUGUGACCUAGUCCACGCCUCCAUGCGCCACAGGAGGUCAAAGAGCAGAGGAACAGAAGGAUCCCUGAGUGAACUGUUUAAUGGAGAGAUUGCGACACCACACAGUGACAACUCGUCUAAGGCAGAGAGUAAAGUGAAGGACAAGGAGAAGAAGCAUGAAGGGAAUCAAGAAAAUACAAAACCUAGAACAAAAAGUUACCUAAUACAGGGUCUUGAUUAUACAAAUGGUUCCACAUCAUCCAAAGACUGCGAAAGGAGAAGUACUGGCUACUCAGAGGAGGCUGAGGAUGACUUUGACUACUGCAACGGGGACACUGACUCUCUGAGCAGCAGCCUGACGGAGCCGGACCCAGCGUCUGUGAAAACCAGCAGCUCCAACAGCAGCCUCUAUUCAGGAUACACUUUCGGUGGAAGCAUGAUGAGUCUGUUCAGCUCGGGAGAUUUUGGAAUGGUGGAAGUGAGGGGCCGUAUCCAGUUCUCAUUGGUCUACGAAAACCAGAAGGAGGAGCUGCAUAUCAAAGUGUACCGCUGCGAGGACGUCGCUGCGGCGCGCAAGAACCGCUCUGAUCCAUACGUUAAAACCUAUCUCUUGCCGGACAAAUCGAGUCACAGUAAGAAGAAAACUUCAGUGAAGAAGAAGACGUUUAACCCGGUCUAUGAUCAAACACUCCGAUAUAAAAUGAAGAUGGGCGAGCUGCGGAGUCGGACACUGAACCUGUCAGUGUGGCACGCCGAACCCCUAGGCAGGAAUGUGUUUCUGGGUGAGGUGGAGGUGCCUCUGUGCCACUGGGACUGGACCUGCACUCAGCCACUGUGGCAGGACCUGCAGCCACGGGUUCAUUUGAAUCCAGACUCCAUUAGCAGUCGCGGGACCGUCAUGCUCUCAAUUAAGUUCGUACCCAAUGGAGCGGAGGGUUGUGGUCUUCCGCUGACCGGAGAACUUUACAUCUGGCUUCGGGAGGCUCAUGGUCUCCUGUCCAAUAAAGGAGGUGCUAUAGACUCAUACGUUAGAAGUUACAUCCUUCCAGAUGCUAGUCGACAAAGUGGUCAGAAGACGCGGGUGAUAAAGAACUCCAUCAGCCCCAAUUUCAACCACACCAUGGUGUACGACGGCUUCCACACCAGCGACCUGAGAGAGGCCUGUGCUGAGCUGAUGGUCUGGCAACGUGACGGGUUGAAGAGGCAGGUCAUGGGAGGGAUUCGUCUGAGCUGUGGCACUGGUGAGAGUUACGGAGAGGCCGUCUGCUGGAUGGACUCCACAGAGCAGGAGGUGACGGUGUGGAACUCCAUGAUUGAGAACCCAAACCAGUGGAUUGACACAACACUACCAAUCAGAACUAACCUCACCCACCGGUCCGAGUGACGCAUCUCGUGUGCAAAGUUGUUUAAAUGACGGUUGGACUGAAAGAACACUCAGCACUAAAGCACAUUUAACCUCUAACUUCUCUGUAAUACACUGUUCUGUUGCACACACACACAUACACACACACACUCACACAUACAUAGUAUUGCAAUGUUUUGAGUAGAUCAGAAAUAUUUUUACUUUGAAGCCAAAUGCAUUUUUAAAUGUUUUUUAUUUGUAUGUUAUUUCCCCAGGUCGGUUCUGAUUCAUUUUCUGAUACUUCAUUAGGGGGAAGAUUAUAGAGCUUACCUUUUUAGAAUUUAAUAACCGCAGAUUUUAAAGCAAUUGUUUUGUAUUUAUUUCAAGAUUUGUCUGCCAAUUUCAAUCAUUUUCAGACGGCAGUUUGUCAGGAAGGACUGUUGUCUUAUUUACCUCACUACAUUUAAUUCUGAAGAAUAAUCACGUUAUGAUUGUUCAGAUUUGUAGGUACCAUUUACUGUAAAUGGAUAUAGUUGUAAAUGCCUGUAGUUACAUGGGUUCUGCUUUUCGCAUUGAUGCGUAACCUGACUGCCACCAUGUGGUCAGACCUUGUAGCUGUUUCGAUGUAUUCAGUCAAACUACAUCCCUCUUCCACUUUAUUUAUCAAAAUAAUAUAAUAAUAUAAAUGAAGUGUACAAUCUGUCAUAUGAGCCAGAAAAGGUCGAGCAGAUGAACGUCUGCCUGGUGUUACAACCUGAAAUGGGACUAGAAGUGUAUACUCAAAAUAAAGUCUUGACAAGAUUUAA